CGACAAAGGAUAUUUGAAGACGUUAAUGGUGAGAAAAAAAAUCUUCGACGGCUAAGAAAAAUGCUAGUGUUGCAGAGCCACCAAUGUCUCUUUUCCUCCUCCACUUCCGCCUUCUCUCUACCUCACCGUCGCCGGAAAACACGUCUCAUCUCUCUCUACCGGCCACCGGAUUCUAUCUCUCCAAUCCCUUCGCUAUCCGCUUUUACCCGGAUCCGACCCGAUAGAUUCCGGGUAUCCGCCUUAAAAGAAAUCGCCGAUGUAGCGGACGGUGAAGAAGAUGGUCCCAUUGAGCUUCCUCCUUCGUCUACAUCUCCGUUUUCGUCUACAAACUCCAUUUUCGCCACUUCCGAUGAGCCUUCUCCUCUCCAGUUGGCCACCAGCGUAAUGCUAACCGGUGCCAUCACUAUCUUCCUUUUCCGAUCGAUUCGACGGCGAGCUAAGCGCUCUAAAGAGCUGACAUUCAGAUCAUCUGGAGCAAAGAAGAAAUCGUUGAAAGAAGAGGCAAUGGAGAGUCUCAAAGCAAUAAGCUCAACUCCCAUUGAAGACGGUAAGUCAACUCCAUCGGCGGCUCAGGCGUUUCUCGGUGCGAUUUCAGCUGGAGUCAUUGCUCUCAUUCUUUACAAGUUCACUCUCACCAUUGAAUCGUCGCUCAAUCGCCAGACCAUUUCUGAUAACUUCUCGGUUAGGCAAAUCACAGUAACCGUAAGGACUAUUAUCAACGGUAUAUGCUAUCUAGCAACAUUUGUUUUCGGUAUCAACGCGAUCGGACUUCUCCUUUACUCUGGCCAACUAGCUUUUAAUGAAGAGUCUGAUGACAUGAAGGCCACAACAGAGCCUGGAGACUCAUCAGGUAACGACUCUGAAGUAAAUAAAAGCAAUGAGGAUCAAAGUUCAGGUGAUUAGUCUGGUCUUAGUAUUUGUAUUUUGUACUUUGAAAACAUGUAAUGAUAAUAUAUCUACAUUCACAAUAGCAAAUAUAUAUUCAAAUUAUUUUUUCAUUUGGAUUUAUUGUAACUAUGUAUCUGUUUGUUGGCAAGUGAUUAAUUGUUAGUUUCGAUGGGACUUUAU